AUGGCGUUCAGCCCUUGGCAGAUCCUGUCUCCGGUGCAGUGGGCGAAAUGGACGUGGUCUGCGGUGCGCGGCGGGGGCGCCGGAGAGGACGAGGCCAGAGGGCCCGAACGAGACCCCGAGGAGGAGGACUCGCAAGCCGAGACCAAAUCCUUGAGUUUCAGUUCGGAUUCUGAAGGUAAUUUUGAGACCCCUGAAGCUGAAACGCCGAUCAGAUCGCCUCUCAAGGGACUCUGUGAUUCAUCACUAGGAUUGACAGGGCCUGGGACCAAAGCCCAAGAAUCACAAGAAGAUGAUGAACAGCUGGUAGCAGAAGUGGUUGAAAAAUGUUCGUCUGAGAUUUGCCCCAGACCCUCCGAAAAUGAGGUAGCACAGCAGGCCAUUGCUUCUCACUCAGUCAAGAAUUUCAAAGAAGAACCUGAACAUGACACUAGCAAAGUUUCCAUAGUGAGGCCAUUUUCGAUAGAAACCAAGAGUUCCAAAGAUGUCCCAGCAACUCUUGGAACCAAAACACCCCAUGGAUUUGUAACUGCAGUCUCAGAGGAGGGUUUGCCCUGCAUUGCACCAGAAGCCAUCCAGGACAAGGCAAUGACAGAAGGCAGCAUGAGGGUUACACUUGAGGCUCCCUCAGAAGCCGAUCUAAAGAUUGGAAACUCCUGUUCAGAGUCAGUACCCAGUAGAAGCAAGCUAAGAAAGCCCAAGCCUGUCUCUCUGAGGAAGAAAACAAUUAGUGGAGAGUUCUCAGGGACUGAAACUAUGGUGGAGGGCACUCCUCUCUCCAGAGCAUCCUUUGGGGAGGUCAAUGUUGAUGAAUUGGAUGAGAACACAAAUUCUUCUUGGAUUGGAGUUUCCAGGAUCCAGAAAUUGCCCACUGAAAUUAAAGAAACAUCAAGUACUCCCAGCAGUGAUACCAAUGAUUCGGGGGUCGAGCUGCUGGAAGAGUCGAGGAACUCACCUCUGAAACUUGAGUUUGCUUUCACAGAAGAUGUGGAAAAUGUAGAGGCCAAGAAAGCUCUUCCCAGGAAAUUUGGCAGGAAACUGGGUAACAAACUGACUCCCAAGACACCAAAAGAUGGCAUCAGUACACCAGUAGGUGCCAAAGGUGUAGAACAGCCUACAGACCCAAAAGCAGAAGAUACUCCUGUCUCCCACAUGUCUUUUAAGCUGGAUCCUAGUCAGUGGGAUAACCCCAACUUUAAUCCCUUUGGGGGCCACUCCAUUCUGCAGAACUCCCCACCCCUCUCCUCUCAGGGCUCCUAUCACUUUGACCCAGAUAACUUUGAUGAAUCCAUGGAUCCCUUUAAACCAGCUACAACUUUACCAAGUGAUGACUUUUGUUCUACCACUGGUAAUCAUGUUAAUGAAAUCUUAGAAUCACCCAAGAAGGAAAAGUCGCGUUUAAUAACGAGUGGCUGUAAGGUGAAGAAAUACGAAACUCAGUCUCUUACUCUGGAUGCGUGUCCUCAUGAUGAAGGAGCAGUGAUCUCCCAGAUUUCUGACAUUUCAAAUAGGGAUGGCCAUGCUACUGAUGAAGAGAAGCUGGCGUCCACUUCUUCUGGUCAGAAGCCAGCCGGGCUCGAGGUGAAAGGUGAGCCAGAGGAAGACCUGGAGUACUUUGAAUGUUCCAAUGUUCCUGUGUCUACCAUAAAUCAUGCGUUUUCAUCCUCAGAAGCAGGCUUAGAGAAAGAAUCGUGCCAGAAGAUGGAAAAAGAUGAAUGUGCUGUGUCUGGACUGGUGGAGCCCCUUGUGGAGAAGGCACCUGUGUCUGUGGCCUGUGGAGGUGAGAGCCCCCUGGAUGGCAUCUGCCUCAGUGAAUCAGAUAAGACAGCUGUGCUCACCUUGAUAAGAGAAGAGAUAAUCACUAAAGAGCUUGAAGCAAAUGAAUGGAAGAAAAAGUAUGAGGAGACUCGACAAGAAGUCCUGGAGAUGAGGAAAAUUGUGGCUGAAUAUGAGAAGACCAUUGCCCAAAUGAUUGAAGAUGAGCAAAGGACAAAUAUGACCUCUCAGAAGAGCUUCCAGCAACUGACCAUGGAGAAGGAGCAGGCCCUGGCAGACCUUAACUCUGUGGAAAGGUCCCUUUCUGAUCUUUUCAGGAGAUACGAGAACCUGAAAGGAGUCUUGGAAGGGUUCAAGAAGAAUGAAGAAGCCUUGAAAAAAUGUGCUCAGGACUACUUAGCCAGAGUGAAACAAGAGGAACAACGCUAUCAGGCCCUGAAAAUUCAUGCAGAAGAGAAACUAGACAAAGCCAAUGAAGAGAUUGCUCAGGUUCGAACAAAAGCAAAGGCUGAGAGUGCCGCUCUCCAUGCUGGGCUCCGGAAAGAGCAAAUGAAGGUGGAGUCCCUGGAAAGGGCCCUGCAGCAGAAGAACCAAGAGAUCGAAGAAUUGACAAAAAUCUGUGAUGAGCUGAUUGCAAAGCUGGGAAAGACCGACUGA